AUGGCCAGGGGCUGCCUAUAUACUCAGCAAGAAAUAGAACACAAGCUACAGGGACGGGUAUCCUGGUUUGAAUACGAACAAGUUAAACACUUAAUAUGCCAUGACUCACAUACCCCUCCGCCGGACACAAUUUUACGCCCGUUUGAAGACCUUAUGGUGGCUCAGUCGUUACCUAACAGGGCUGCACUAGGAAAUGAUGCUCAUCUCCAUGACAAGAAAAUCUUGUUACUUGAAGCUGGCCCCAAGAAACCAACUAACCAGUUGUCGAAGAGUUAUAGUAACCGAGUCAGUGCUAUAACCUCUGGCUCAGCCACACUCCUUAAUAGCUUUGGUGCUUGGGAUCAUAUUUGCAGUAUGAGAAUCAAGCCUUUUCGGCGGAUGCAGGUGUGGGAUGCUUGUUCUGAAGCCAUGAUAAUCUUUGAUAAAGAUAACCUGGAAGACAUGGGGUAUAUAGUAGAGAAUGAUGUUAUCAUGUCUGCUCUAACCAAACAACUGGAUGCCAUGUCAGACCGUGUGGAAGUUCUCUACAGGAGCAGAGCACUUCGGUACACCUGGCCCCUUCCCUAUCAAACCUGUGAUGCAAGUCCUUGGGUUGAAAUUGAUUUAGCAGAUGGACGCAGACUUCAGACCAAACUGCUGAUUGGUGCAGAUGGGCAGAAUUCCAUGGUCCGAAAAGCAGCUGGAAUUCAGACUAUUCAAUACCAGUAUGAUCAGUCAGCAGUGGUUGCUACUCUUCACUUGUCUGAGGCAACGGAUAACAAUGUAGCAUGGCAAAGAUUCCUUCCAUCUGGACCGAUUGCUCUUCUCCCGCUAUCUGACACUAUCAGCUCUUUGGUCUGGUCCACAUCACAUGAACAUGCGUCUCAACUUCAGAAUAUGGAUGAGGAAAGUUUUGUAGACUCUAUCAACUCUGCUUUUUGGAGCAAUGCAAAUCACUCUGACUUCAUUGAUACUGCUGGAUCCAUGUUCCGAUCGGCCCUUUCUCUGCUGAUGCCAUCAAGGUCUGCAGCUCGUCAGUUGCCCCCAAGUGUUGCAAAAGUGGAUCCAAAGAGCCGAGCUGUGUUCCCUCUUGGACUAGGGCAUGCAACAGAAUACGUCCAACAUCGGGUGGCCCUUAUUGGGGAUGCAGCUCACAGAGUACAUCCUCUAGCUGGUCAAGGCGUAAAUAUGGGUUUUGGUGAUAUCGCAAGUUUGACGCAUUAUCUCAGUGCUGCAGCAUUCAAUGGGAAGGACCUGGGCUCUUUAAAUCAUCUUCUGCAGUAUGAACAACAACAACAGAGAUACAACCUUUCUAUGAUGGCGGCAGUUGACCUGCUGAAGAGGCUGUACUCUACAACUGCAGCUCCUUUUGUGCUGUUAAGAACCUGGGGACUGCAAACAACUAAUGUGGCAACGUCAGUUAAAGAGCAGAUCAUGGCAUUUGCCAGUAAGUGACCUCCUUAUGAAGCUGAAUUUACUGUUCCUGGCCAAUUGCUGGAGACUCAAGACUUCAUGUGUAAAGGCUGCAUUGCAUUUGAUUUAAGAUAUUUGAAUAGAUGAUGGAAAAAAGAGGAACAUGAGAUUCUUACGUUUGCUUGUUAUAGCCAAAGUCUUUUUCACCGAGGGAGAGCAGCAGUUGGUUCUCUCCUAUAAUGCCAGUAAUUUUCUGAUCCUAACCAGUGCUGGACUUCUGAAACCUGGAAAGUCGGCUUGGCAGAAGUACAUUUUUGGAAAGAAUUUACUUGUGGCCACAGCUAAAGCCCAGUUUAUUUUCUCAUGCUGUGGAGGCAUGCACAAGAGCAGAUGAAGGAUUACUUCCAGCUCACAUUCUAACACAGGCCAUUCUAACACAGGCCAGUAGAAAAGAGCAAGAGUCUAG